GGCACGGGCAUUGGGAUCUGGCUACUCCUGAUUGAGGCCAUAGCCCACCUUUCCAUCAUCGUGAAUGUGGGCGUGGCGCAAAGAAGGGUCAUACAAGGUACAAGGCCUUUCGCGGCGCGCAGGGUACCUCACCUCUUCUACUGGAAGUUGCUGGCUGUGCGUCUGGGCUUCAUCAUCGCCUUCGAGCACGUGGUGUUCUUCUUCUUGCGCCUCAUCAGCUGGCUCGUGCCCGACGUGCCAGCCGGACUGGCCACCAAGAUAAAGCGGGAGCGCUGCCUGGCCAAGCAGGCGCUGGCUGUCAACAGCGAGGCGCUGCUCUGGGUCCGCGUGGCCGGCCGAGCCUGGUCCGACCCCUGACCACGCCCCCUAGAACCGCCCCCAGACCGUAACUCAGCUCUCUUGCCCCGCCCUCUGGUUUGGCCUCGCCCAAAGGGAGGAUUGGCCAGAUUCCUCCGAUUAUCGCUUUGCCCGGCCCUUCACCAAGCUCCGCCCACGCCACGCCCUCUUUUACAUUAAUCCCAACAGAGUCCCUCCUGCUCUGGAGGGCCAACCUUCUCAGCCUGACCAAGCCAUGCUUUGUGUCCGCUGCAGCAGGAGCGCUGUCCCUGGAGCCCAGGAUGCAGAGGCGAGUGAGCGCGACUGCCCUUCCAGGACCCUAGGUCCCCCAGGAUGCUCCUUCGAUUGGAGUCCUCUGCCUCCAGCUAGGGGUCUGGGCAGCACCUUGGCCAGCGGCCCCAAGGUCCCCCCAGAGCUGGGAAGAGAGGAUUAGGGUUCCUUGGGGACCCCUCGUCCUGCAUUGCCGCCCUCUCCUUGUUUCCCAUCUCCUGCCCUUGUGCAAUGCUGACAAUAAACUUCUCUCUGCACCCCAGCUUGCACCUCUCCAUGGACACCUAGCUCCCCCCAGCACUGUGCAGUGUCUCCUCAUUACGUGACAAUGCUCUGGGGGGCCAAAGUGUACGAGAGGAAGCGGAGGGACCUAAUCUCUCUGAACGGAAUGGUCUCCAGUUGGUAGGGGAGAGUUCAUUGGGGUCUGGGCCCUGGAUCCCCUGCCCUAUAUGUUCAUCGAGGCCUCUAGUGUGUGAAUAACAAUAACAGGGUUUAUUUAGGUCAGCUGAGACACCUCCCAGGGGACUUUCACACACUUUUCACCAGAUCCUCCCCAAAGCCUGGUGAGGCAGUACUGUGCAGUGGUUAAGGACACAGGUUGGUGGUGGAGCCAGACAGACCUGGAUUUGAUUAUUAGUUCUGACUCUUAUUAGCUAUGUGACCUUCGGCAAGUUAUUUAAUCCCGUAUACCUCACUUUCAUGAUCUGUAAGAUAGGGACUUCACAGAGCUGAUGAGAGAUUUAAAUGGGAUAAUGCCAGUGACCUAACCUAUACAUGCCUCACGUCCUCAUCUGAUAAGUGGGAGCAGUAACAAAAUCUACUUUGUAGGGUAGUGGUGGAAAUUAAAUGAAUAAAUAGGGGUGAAGUGCUCAGAACAGUGCCUGGCACCUAGUGAGUUACAAUAAGAGUUAUUAGCAGCGUGAAUAUUAGCUUUCUGGUAGAGGAGGCUCUUAGAAAUGGUGAGAUGGAUCAUUCCAGGCAGAAGGGGAGGAUGGGACAUUCAUGAGGAGUGGUGACGCUGGAAGCGCUGGCCAGGAUGAUGCUAGAUGCGUCACAACACCAACUUUCACGAUUUCCGUCUCCCAACCUAAGAGACUAGUGUCCCCGUUUUAUAGAUGCUGUAGUUGGCUCAGAGAGGGUCAGCACACUGUGGAGUUUUCAGGGUCUCUGAAGAGCCCAAGGUUUGGGAGGUUCUCUGUGAAGCUCCCAGGAUGCUCCCCAGCCCCAAGGACCCCCUGAGCACAUCUCACAUUUGAGAAGGUCCAGAAGAGGGGUGACCUGUCUCCUGGGAGGAAAAGCAGUGCCUCCCUCUUCUUUAGGAUGUCGGUCUGGGGUCCUUCUGAGCCUCUCCUGGGCAUAGGACUCCCAUUGUUCCAGCCCCCCUCUUGUACCCCAGACUGGCCAAACCGGUUCUGGGGAAGGGGGGCGGGGAUCAGGCACGUUGAGACAGCCGCCCGCCUGCCCGCCUGCAAGGUUCCCUCCACCUUCGCCUCCCCCUCCGCGCCCCACACAAUAACCAGGAGCUUGCAUUGCCCGGCUCAGGGGCCAUGCUGACAUCGCCCCCUGAGGACCUGGCUGCAGCCCCAGAGUCCCCAGGGUGGUCUGGAGGCCUGGACCGUGCCGGAGGCCAGACGGAACUCCCUGGCUGAGGUAGGGCCCCAUUCAGCUGCCAGCAGCCCCAUCCUCCUCCCGCCACUCUUCCCGAGGGAGUCCUUUGUGCUGCCUGCCUGGCCUCUGAUCCUGGCCCCCACCCACUCAUGGCCUCCUGGGGCUCUGCAGCCUACUUGGCCUGGAUCCCCUUUCUGGGCAUGACCUCCCACUUGGCUUUGUCCCUUAAUGGGCAGAGGGGUCCUGGCAGGAUCCUUCUCUUCUGGGCAGCAAGGCAAGGGAUACCAGGGAGGGGGCAGGGAACAGCUGGGCACAGGAGGCCAGAGGCACUUUCCCUGGACCAUGGUAGCGUCCAGGGACCCUGUCUGCCAACUUUGCCAAGUGGGCCCAUUGUCCAUGUGAUUAGCAGUGCCCACUGGAUGGGACCCUCCUUGGCCCCUGCCCAUCCUUCUUGGCCGAUAGAGACACUCGUGAUGACACAGAUUUGCUAGAGGGGCAGCAGGAGGGCCCUUAUGGGCCACUUUACAGAUGGGGACAGACUCUGACUUGCCUAAGGCCACACAGCUGCUCUCUGUCAACACUGGGCCUUGAACCUUGGCACGGGUUUUCUGCUGUGGGUUCCAGAAUGACCCUUGCCUAGUGGGACUAGACUAUCGUGUGAUCGUGUCUUGGGCAGGUAAUAUCUCUGCUAUCUGGGGCCAGUUCUCUUCCUGAGAUUUUUUUUCUAGCAAACAUGAGCUACACGCUAUAUGAACACAGCUCUGCCCCUCCUUGAUCCCCAGCCUUGAGGUUAAGUGGGCCACAUCCCUGAAAGGCCUCAGGGCUGGCUUCCCAGCUAGAUAGGUCAUUCCCUUUGCCCCUGGCCUGGAUAAAGGUGGAGGCUGGCUCACGCCUGACUUUCUCCCUAGGGACCUGCCUUCAACUGCGUCUCCCCAGAAAGCCUUCCAUCACCCCUCCCACGACAUUCACCCAGCCUUCUCCUCUGAGGCUUUAAUAGGGGGUGCUCCUGCCCCAAGGGUUCCAUGUUUUUGCUCAUUUAUCUCUGCAACUGACAAGGGUGGGGAGGUUCCUCCCUGCCUCCAGGGGCUUCCAGAACCCAAGUGAAGAGAACCUCCCAGGAGACGAGGGAGAAGGGGCGCGUGUGUAUUCUUGCAUGUGAGUGCCCAGAGAAGCAAGUGGGACUUCAGUGCAGAGGACUUCUGACUCCUGGAGAGGGAGGCCUGUCUGGUGGCAAUGGUCCCCUGUGUCUCCUGCCACGUACUCCUACAAAGUGGGGUGUGUCUUAGCCUCACUGCCUCAAUUUCCCCAUCUGUGUUAAGGCCCGAGCCAUCCCCCUGACCAGAGAGAGACUAAUAAUAAUACUCAGAACAAUCGCUAUCAACUACAAAGGUCCCACGGAGUGCUAGGUGCUUCACGUGCAUCCUAACUAAUUCUCAUAUCAGCCUUAUGAAGCUACCGUGACCAUCCCAUUUACCAGAUGAGGAAACUGAGAGACUUGCUCAGAUGGACAGAAGUUUAAGGUAUAAGCUAAAGCCGUCCCUGCGCGGCGUGAGGGGGGCCUGGAGGAGUAACUGUCCCUUAGGAGCAGCCAACCUCUGCCCCCCUACCACACCACCAGGAAGGGAUGAAGAGAGCAGAGGGAAGCAACUCUCUUCUCCGCUUUGCUCAGCUUCUCUGAGGGGCUGUGCAGAGAGAGUGGGGCCCAGUCACAGACCCUGCCGUUCUCCACUGGGUCUUCUCCUCGCUCCCUGUCUCCCAGGGUCUCUGACACAGUCACUGUGUCUCUCAGGCCAGCCUUCUCCCUAUCCGUGUGCACUGGGUCCCUGGGUAUUUCAGCUGAACGGUUAGCUAGUACUUCCUCCAGGAAGGCUUCCUGGACUGCUCAGGUUGAGUUGAGCCCGGCGCUCUACUCUGAUGUUUCCUCUGGCUUGGCUCUUGCCAGCUGGGAUUGUGGCUGUUUUUGCUUUCGGCUCCCCCACUAGACUGGCAACCCAGCAGGGCACAAAAUGUUUGUCUGGCUGUCUCCCUGGGUUUUUCUGGGCUUUACCUCUGUCUCUGAGUAUCUGGUCUAUCUGAAAUUGUCAGUGUCGCUGUCUCUCUGUCUCCAUCUCUGGGGCCCUGAAUGUCUCAGCAUCUGUGGUUUUCUGGUUUUGAAUGUUUUGGGGUCGGUUUCUCUGGGCCUCUAUCUCUCAGUCUCUGUCUCCUGGGUCUCCUGGCCCUGCCAGGCUGGGCACUGCCCCUUUGGCCCAGGGGGCCUCUGGGGGGGUCUGUGCUGCCCGGCCUGCCCACAGCGAGGCCAGGCUAGGGUAGGCCCCCGCCCAGCCCGCUGCCGGCUCCCUCCCUCCCUGCCCGCUUGCCUCACCACAGGGUUUGAUGAAUCAAACUCUUUGUCUGGGUGGGAUCUCCCCCAGCCAGCUGGGCAGUGAGAGGGCUUCCCCUGCCGGAGCAGCCAAACACCAGCAGCGGGCCGCGGCUGAGAGGUGGGUGGCAGAGCAAAGGAGGAAUGGACUGUGGGCCACCUGCCACCCUCCAGUCUCACCUGGCUGGGCCGCCUGGCACUGCCCGCCACCCAGUAGCUGUGUGCCAGCAGGAGAGUCUGUCCUUUGCGGAACUGCCCACCCUGCAGCCCCCAAGCCCUGUGUGUCUGGAUCUCUUCCCCGUCGCUCCAGAGGAGCUGCGGGCUCCUGGCAGCCGCUGGUCCCUGGGGACCCCUGCUCCUCUCCAAGGGCUGCUAUGGCCACCAUCUACAGGAGGUCCAGACAACAAGAUCUCCACCAGUGGGGGCAUGCGGCCCAACAGGGCUGGCAGCUGGCCACACUGUCCUAGUGCCCAGCCCCCAGCUCUGGAGGGACCCUGGAGUCCCCAGCACCCACAGCCGCAGCGCCGGGCCAGCCAUGGCUCAGAGAAGAAGUCAGCCUGGCGCAAGAUGCGGGUGUACCAGCGUGAAGAGGCCCCUGGCAGCCCGGAGGCCCAUGCUGUCUUCCUGGAGCCUGGCCAGGCAGCGGAGCAGGCCCUGAGCACGGAGGAGCCUCGGCCGCUGGGGCUGUCUGGGCCCACCCGAGCUGGCCUCGAGGGGCCUGAGCGGAGGCGCUUCUCAGCUUCUGAGCUCAUGACCCGGCUGCACUCUUCCUUGCGGCUGGGGCGGAAUUCCACAGCCAGGGCACUGACCCCUGGGUCAAGCCCUGGAGCAGCUCGGGAAGGGAAAGCGUCUGGAAGGGAGUCGCGCAGUGUAGAAAUGAGGGUGGACGGUAUGGCGAUGCCAGCCCCUGUUGACACGAGCGGGGGCCAGGGCGGCUGGUCCGAGCCCAGGCUGGACGCGCAAGAAGAGCCGGCUCUGGGUUCUGGGAGCGCCAGCGAGCGGCGCCAGUCACGGUUCCUCCUUAACUCCGUCCUCUACCAGGAAUACAGCGACGUGGCCAGCGCCCGCGAACUGCGGCGGCAGCAGCGCGAGGAGGAGGGCCCGGGGGACGAGGCGGAGGGCGCGGAGGAGGGGCCCGGGCCGCCGCGCGCCAACCUCUCCCCGAGCAGCUCCUUCCGGGCGCAGCGCUCGGCCCGAGGCUCCACCUUCUCGCUGUGGCAGGACAUCCCCGACGUGCGCGGCAGCGGCGUCCUGGCCACACUGAGCCUGCGCGACUGCAAACUGCAGGAGGCCAAGUUUGAACUGAUCACGUCCGAAGCCUCCUACAUCCACAGCCUGUCGGUGGCCGUGGGCCACUUCUUAGGCUCGGCUGAGCUGAGCGAGUGUCUGGGGGCACAGGACAAGCAGUGGCUGUUCUCCAAACUGCCGGAGGUCAAGAGCACCAGCGAGAGGUUCCUGCAGGACCUGGAGCAGCGGCUGGAGGCAGAUGUCCUGCGCUUCAGCGUGUGCGACGUUGUGUUGUGCCACUGCCCAGCCUUCCGCCGCGUCUACCUCCCCUAUGUCACCAACCAGGCCUACCAGGAGCGCACCUACCAGCGCCUGCUCCUGGAGAACCCCAAGUUCCCUGGCAUCUUGGCUCGUCUGGAGGAGUCUCCUGUGUGCCAGCGUCUGCCUCUCACCUCCUUCCUCAUCCUGCCGUUUCAGAGGAUCACCCGCCUCAAGAUGCUGGUGGAGAACAUCCUGAAGCGGACAGCACAGGGCUCUGAGGAUGAAGACAUGGCCACCAAAGCCUUCAAUGCGCUCAAGGAGCUCGUGCAGGAGUGCAACGCCAGUGUGCAGUCCAUGAAGAGGACAGAGGAGCUCAUCCACCUGAGCAAGAAGAUCCACUUUGAGGGCAAGAUCUUCCCGCUGAUCUCUCAGGCACGCUGGCUGAUUCGGCACGGGGAACUGGUGGAGCUGGCACCACUGCCCGCGGCGCCGCCUGCCAAGCUGAAGCUGUCCAGCAAGGCCGUCUACCUGCACCUCUUCAAUGACUGCCUGCUGCUCUCCCGGCGGAAGGAGCUCGGGAAGUUUGCUGUUUUUGUCCACGCCAAGAUGGCCGAGCUGCAGGUAAAGGACCUGAGCCUGAAGCUCCAGGGCAUCCCUGGCCACGUGUUCCUCCUUCAGCUCCUCCACGGGCCGCACAUGAAGCACCAGUUCCUGCUGAGGGCCCGGACGGAAAGUGAGAAGCAGCGAUGGAUCUCAGCCAUGUGCCCCUCCAGCCCCCAGGAGGACAAGGAGGCCAUCAGCGAGGGGGAAGCAGGGCUAAUGGGGAGAGAGACCACCCGGCCUGGAGCAGCAGGGGGUGGCUCUGCAGAACCUCGAAAGACAGGCGGGAUUUACAUAGGACAGACCCACACCAUGGGCACAGGCAGCACCCUGGGCCUGACAAAACCUUUCUCUCCUCCCAUUUCAUUCCCACAGAAGCUCAUUCACAAGUUAGAAAACAGAGGUUCAGAGAGGGAAAGAGACUUGUUCAAGGUCACCCAGCUGGGAAGUGGCAGAGCUGGGCCUGGAACCCAGAUCUGUCUCUGUCUUUGCAUCAGUUGCAAAGAGGACAGGAAGCGAUGGCCAGGGCGUGUGGGGCAUGGGGGUGGUGGCAGCGUGGGGGAUCUGCUCAGCUGGAACAGAGGCUUCUCCGGGUGUGAAAUGAGGCUGGUAAGCCAGGGUGCAGCCCAAUUCGAGAAGACCUCGGUAUAGUGGGUACUAGGUAGCCAUUGAAGGUUUUUGAGUGGGAGUUAGGGCUGAGCUAAGGAAGGGGAAGGAAGGGAGCUCUUUUCCACCUGGGCCAUGCCAUGUGUCAGGCUCGGUGCUAGGGGCUUUGUAGAUGUGUUUAUUUUACUUAAUCCUCAUGACACUCCUAUUAGAUAGACCCAUUCUUCGUAUCUGAGAAAACUAAGACUCAGAAAUGUUAAACAACUUGCCCAAAGUCACAGAGCUAAUGGUGGCAGGGCUGGGAUUCAAGACAGGUCUGGCCCCAGAGCCUGUGGUUUUCCUGAUACUACCAGCCUGCCUAGUGCAGUGGGAAGCUGAGGCCCUGGGCUGGAGCAGAUUCUCUGGCUGGAGCUAAGAGUCCUGUUUGGGCUAGGAGGUGGAUGGUCAGGGGCAGCCAUGAAAAGAUCUGGGGAAGAGCACUCCUGGAAGGAGGAACAGCCAGUGCAAAGGCCCUGAGGCAGGAGGGAGUGUGGAGUGUUUGAUGACCAGCAGGGUGACCAGUGUGGCUGGGCUUCAUGAGUGAGGGGCAGAGGGGAAGGAGGUGGAGGAGCAGAGGUUAGCAAGUGGGCAACGCCACACCUUGCCGGGCUUCGGAGGCUGCGGGAGGACCGUGGACUUUAUUGUAAGAGGAGUGGGAAACCCUGGAGGGUUGUAAACGGGGGAGUGAUGUGGCCUGAAUCCCAAUUGAGAAGGGCGGACUGGAGGGAGCACCCGAGUACCAUCGGGGCAGAUGAUGGGGCCAUGACUGUUUUGUUGGCGCAGGCCUGGGGGCAGUUGGACAUUGGCCUAGAGGUCAGGGGCAAGGAGCUGGGGAGGCGAGAGCCCUGGGAGCAGAGGCAGUGACUGAAGCCCAGAGGGACUGGAUUCACCUUGGGCUUGUGUCCAGGGUGAGAGAGAAGAGUGGGCAGAGGAAAAGAAGCAGCAGUGGCUGCUCUCCCACCCCUCACUUCCUCCUACUGCCCAUCCCUGCCCACCCCCAUCCUGCCCUGGGGACCCCCUCACUCUCCCUCGGGC